AUGUCAGUGACAAAACCUUUUCCUGAAUCCGUUCUUAUCUCUGAAUCUUGUCUUCAGAAUCGCAUUCGUGAACUCGGCACGCAAAUAUUCACUGACUAUGAGAACCAAGAGUUGGUCCUACUGGGUGUCCUUAGGGGCAGCGUCCUCUUUUUCGCGGAUCUUGCCCGUGCUAUCUUUAAGGCGCAGCAUGAAAGUCAAACGAGAGAAGUCACACUUCGUUUUGAGUUCGUGCAACUCGUGAGUUACCACGAUAGUACGCAGCCUUCGACAGUACAGCUCAUCCGUGGCGGUAGUGAUUAUCUCAAACAGCGACAUGUCCUCAUUGUGGAAGAUAUUGUUGAUACCGGACGUACUUUAAAUUUUCUCUGUGAACACCUUCAGACGUUGAACCCGAAAACCGUUAAAGUCUGUACACUACUUGAUAAACCUUCUCAGCGCCAAGUGUCUGUUGCUGUUGAUUAUAUCGGUUUUGAAAUUCCAGAUACCUUCGUCGUUGGAUAUGGACUUGACUACGCACAGCAGUAUCGGAAUUUACCCUACAUUGCUGUUUUGGAGUCAAUUUAA